UAAUAUAUUAUGAAUCCCCCUCCUGGAUUAGGCGAUGAUGAUGAGCAAUCAAUUGGUCCUCCACCUGGCAUUGAUGCACCCAAAAAAAAGAAAUUUCACAUCAACAAAAAAUUAAGUUAACAAUAAACCUCAUUGGAAUCCUUGAAUCUUGAACUCAAAGUUACUGUGCAAGAUCAACACUUCGAUCAAGUACUUUAUAAUCCCCAAUUCUAGAUUCCCAUUGCUGAUGAAUAUUUGGAACCCUCCAUGAACAAUUUAAUCGCAUUUGAUGGACAUUUAUGUGACACCUCUGGAUCUGAUUCUUUAGCUCUCUGGGACCAAGAAAUGAAAUUAAAGAAAGAGUACAAGGGAUUGAUUGAAAAUAUGCCGUACUCAUUAGUUGCAGUGCAUGAUAAAAUUUAUUUGAUUUUUGGGGACACACUCCUCCUGAUACAACCUGAAAUUAAUAAGAAGACAUUUUUAAUUGAAUAACCGCUUACAGCCUUUUGUGUAUCAGAUCAUACUAAUCCAAGGUAGUGUCAUAUACAUACCUAGAAUUGUAGGUGUCAAUGAAGGCGAAAUCACUCUCUGGAGAACCUCUAAUCUAGGCAAACCCAAUCUUCAGGAACCCACUUUUAAUAAUUUUGCACCUAAAUCCAAGGAAAUCAUUGAAUUACAAAAGAUCUUAUCUGACAAGUUUGACGAAUGCGAUGAUCUCUUGAUGUUGUAAAAUGGAUUGGUUUUUGCAAAAUAAAAAAAAGUAGGCGAAGUGUUCUUGGUUGAUUUUGAAAAUGAUCAAUUGGAAGAAUUGCAAACCACUUAUGGAUGUGCUGUUACAUGUUGGACUCCAAUAUCUUAUGAUUCAAUUGCCUUUGCGUCCAAUGGUCAGAUUGUACUCACCAAAUUCCCAAAAAACAAAUCAGCUGUUGUCUAAAUUGUAUUGAGUUCUUCUAAAGAUGAUAUUCAUCAUGGAUUGUGUUACUCCAACAAUCACCUAUUCUCCAUCAAUAAAAGUGCUGUCGUAACUUCUUGGAACAUUUAAACAGGAACCAAAAUCAAAACUGCCGAAGUCAAAUUCUGUCCUGGUGUCUACUCAUUACAAUUGAUGAAUCCAGAAAUCAUUAUCGCUGAACAUAAAGACAAAAAGGAUUUCAUUCUAUUGAAUACCAAUCUAGAAAAGCAAUUCUUCUACAAAGCAAGAGUCAAAUAGGUGUUGCACUGUUGUUCAAGUCCAAAUGGGUAAUUUAUUGCACUCAUACAAAAAUGUGGAUUGCUGUAUGAUGAAGAAGUCAUAUUUCACAUUGAGAUUGAAAUCUAUCCCUUUGACAACAGAUUGGAGUUUGAAAGAAGAAAAGAAAUUGAUAACCUAGAAAUCAAGACAGUUAUGUUUUUAGACAAUUCAACCGUUCAAUACAUCCUCAAAAUCUCUAAGAGUGUCAAUCCUAUCCUUGUCAAGUGGAAUUACCUAACCAAUGAGUAUAAUGAAGAGGAGAUGUUGGUUGAAAAGUACAAGACAUGCUAAUUGUACUUCAAUAGAUCAGUGUUCAGUUAUGAUUUCAAACCAGCUCCAUCAUAACAAUUCAAUCUCUUUGGACCCAAAAGAACUGAUGAUGCUAAUCUAAUCACUGGAAUCAGUGUGUAUGAUGAGAAUAUUAAAAGACUUUUGAAAGUGCAAUUUUAAUAAUAGUUUAAUGCCGAUGUCUUUGGAAUGCCUUGUCAAAAUUUGCUUUAUGUUCUCAAUAACAAAAAUUAAAUUGAAGUUUGGGAUAUCAACACUUAACAGUAGGUUUAGAAAGGUAUUUAGAUUUGAUUAUGUUCCAUAGCUGAUUGUCGUCCAAGUCUUGUGAAGCAGAUGAAAUUCAGUGAGUAGUAUCUGUUCCUGAAUGCGCAAUCUGAAUGGAUCAUUAGGGACUUGAAACUGAGUCAGAUUUGCAAGACCAAGGGGGAUCUCAUCAAUAAAUGUCUAUUUUUGAAUUAGAAAUGCAUCAUAAACCAAAAAUAGAAUUUAUUCGAAUGGGAUUUGGGUAGCAAUCAAUGCAAACAGAUACCUAUUUUCAGAGUUUAUGACUUUUGUCUUGUGUAGAAUAAGAUCUUGGUUAUUGGAGAAUCAACUAUUAAGUUAUUGACUUUAUGAUUUAAG